CCCUAAUGCCACAGCCACACCGGCAUCCCUGAAACUAUCGCUCAUCUCUAAGGACAAAAUGCUAGCCAAGCGCUCCCUUUUAACCAUGGGUACCGUGAAGAUGCUGCUGGUCACCACCCAUUCUCGCUCGGCCGGCGCCCAUCCUCGCGACUACGUCGGGUCCAUCCCCGUCACUGGGACAACUUACUCACAAAUUGUGAAUAUGCUUGCAUGGAAACAUGGCCUUCAAAAGGAACCCACGCGAGGCGUGCAUGUGGUGUCUUGUAAUCCUGAGGAGCUUCUGGGGAAAAGAAGGGACAGGCCGAAAGAUCUGGACCUGGGGAGAUGGAACUGGCCUCACCGGUGGGCUUCUGACCUAACUCGACCUGCGCUUCCAACAUAGCCCCUAUUCUUCCGUCGUCAAGUGAACUAGCUAUCCAUAAUCGAUAUGCAGCAUGUGGGGUUAACAUGGGUCACGAUUACGCCAUUAAGUAUAUACA